AAUGACUAUUGUUCAACAAUUGUUAAACAAAAUCCAAAACAUUUUGGAUUCUUUGCUUCACUAAUGACAUUAACAGAUGUCGAAGGUGUAUUAGAGGAAAUUGCAUACGUAUUCGAUGUAUUAGGUGCCGAUGGAAUUAUAUUAUUUACAUCGUAUAAUAAUGGACAAAUGUAUUUAGGUCAUCCGAUAUUCAAACCAAUUUGGUCUGAAUUAAAUAGACGUCACGCAGUAGUUUUCAUUCAUCCGACGUCAGCGUCUUCUCCAAAUGGUAAACCAAAAUUAAUUAAUUCAAUGUUACCAAUACCAGCAAUUGAUUUUCCGCAUGAAACAACACGUACAGCAGCAGAUCUGAUUGUAUCAAAAACAAUUGAUUCAAAUUCAACAUGUAAAAUAAUCUUAUCACAUGCUGGCGGAACACUUCCCUAUAUAGCUGAACGUAUAGCAGGUAUUGCCGGUGAUAUAAAAACAUUUAAUUCAAACGGUCUGACAAAAGAAUCAAUUAUGAAUGGUUUUAAAAACUUUUAUUAUGAUACAGCACUGUCAACUGGCAGUUCAACAUUACAUGGUUUAACAGAUUUUGUUAAUUCAUCAAAAAUCUUAUUUGGAUCCGAUUUACCUUAUAUUCCAGUGUCUUUGAAUGAAAAUAUUAUCGAAUCAUUGGAAAAUUAUUUUUUAAAGAAUGAUAAUAGAAAUUAUUUAGAAAAAAUUAAUUUUAAAAAUGCAAUUAAUAUAUUUCCACGUUUAAAAGCUUUAUUUCACGACAAAUAG